CCGACGCCGACGCCGACAACGACACCGCCGCCAUACGUAACAGUGCACGCGCCAUCAUCCUCGCUUGCUAGCCGGACACGCGCCGGCGUGCACACCUCGACGCGUCUCUCCUCCGUCCACCUCACCACACCCUGCCAGCAUGCCUGCCCACCUCCCGUCACGCAGCAUUGCCGCGUCGCGGCGCGAACUCGACGCGAAACUCGAGCUCCUCCAGCAGCUCGGCUACGACGCAGACAACCGCUUCUGCAGCGACGAGGACGACCACGUCGCCCCGCUCUCGGAAAAGUCGGCGUACCUCGACCACGACACGGACCGCUGGAUCCAGACAGAGUACAACUGGGCUCUCCAGGAGGCCGCCGAUGCCGUUAUUGGCAUCCCGGACCUCUUCGAUGUUGAGGAAGAAGACGAAGAAGCGUGUCUGCCAUACGUGUAUGACCCGACGUUCUUCGGCGCGCGCCCGUCCGCGCCCUCGACCCCGCGCACGCGCUCGCAGAGUCUGACGCAGCCCAUGCGCAGCGACUAUGACAAGCCUUUGCCUGUCCCACCACUGAGGUUGCGUACGCGACCAAGUUUGCCUCUGGUGCCACCCCCGACGCCCGCGAAGUCCUACUUUGCGUCGCCAAUCUCGUCUUCGCCGCGCAGUCUCCUUUCCGAGAGGAAGCAGACGCCGCCACCCUCGCCGCGGCUAUCCUCGAGGCUCUCUAGCUCGCCGAAGCCUCGCCCUUUUCCACGCUCGCAUACGCCCUCACUCUCAAGUUCGCAACCAGCGCGGCCAAGCACCCAGCGACAUGCGACAUUCCCCUCCAUCUCAUCCACGAUGUCGAUGCUCGAAGAGCGCGAAACUGAGACCGAGAAGAGGUCCGCGGUCUACGUCGCAGAUGAGGAAGUUCCUCCUCGGGCAUCCCCCAGACCCACAGGACGAGGCCGAAGCAGCAGCGCCGCGCUCCCGCGGACCGCUGAUGAAUUUGGCCCCGCGCCCCAUACGAUCAGCUCCAGUCCGCGGCGCAAACAGCGACCCACACUCCCAACGCUCACGACGUCACACUCGACGCCCCAGUUGCGCAACCUAGCCGAGCUUGCGACGAUGCCAUCACCCUCGCUAGCCCCCGCCCCCACGCUGCUCCCCUCGCUGAUGAGCGACGCGACGGCGAGCGCCGAGUCCGAAGUGGUCUCACCCGGCGAGGCCAUCACCUGCUCACCCUUCGACAGCCCUGCAGACGAAGAAGCGGAGGCCGCCCUGGCGUCUCGCUGGUCCCUCGACUCCGUGGCGUCGCGCCCCCGAAUCCGGCACGUCCCCGUUGAUGUUACAUCAGCAUCGCCGGCUAGCAAGGCCACGAAGCGAGACCGUCUCCUGAGCUUAAUAUCCGGCCGCCCGCGCGCGGGCUCUGGUGGAAAGCCCUCCCCCCCGCCGAACACGCCCCGCGGCUCCUCAGACGUGCUCGACAUCCGCCGCUCCAGCUCCCGCGAGACGAUGCACACCCCCUCGCGCCCGUCCUUCUCGAUGUCCGUCCUCCCCCCGCGCGCACUCGCCCCCUCCGUGUCGUCCUCGAGCUCCUCGGGCGGCUCGACGGCGUCGACGCUCGCGACGCCCAUCGAGCCCACCUCGCACUCGCCGCUCCCCGACAUGGACCCGUUCGGCACAGGCGCGCCCUCGUGCAUGUUCGAGGACGAGCCCGUGUUCGCCGCGAACCCGUUCCUCCCGCAGGACGACUCGCCCCCACCCUCGCCCCCGCGCGUGUCGCUGACGCUGCAGAUCCCGUCGCGCCCGACGACGCCGAACUCGCCGCCGCCGCAGCCGACGCUGCCGCUGCCGUCGCCGAGCACCCCCUCGCCGAGCUUCCUCGUGCCGACGCCGCGCUCGCAGUCGUUCUUCGCGUCGCUGAAGGGCCGCCCGCGCCGGCGGCGCAAGAAGCUCGUGAUCAGCGGCGCGCCGCUCGAGCGCGACUUCAGCCGCGCGUCGUCGGCGCUCGAGGCGAGCGAGGACGCGGGGCACCGUGCGGCGGAGCGCGAGCGGCGCGUGGAGAACGUGAUCAGGUGGUGCGAGCACUUUGGGCCGACGCGGAAGAUCGAGCGGAAGGAGGAUGGGAGCCUGCAUGUUUAUUGGAAGGACUGGGAAGUCGCGGAUACAGUGUGCCGCAUACAGGCGCAGGUGGUCAUCAAGGACGUCGGCCGGGUCAACCUGGCGUGGUCCUACAUCUCAUAACCUCUUACCCCCGCGCGACCCCCUCUCUCCCCGCGCGCUCUCUCGACCAGGACAGGACACACAUUCACCCCAUUGCAUGCUCGGCGAUACCGCAUAGUCUUCUCCGCGCUGCGGCGCGCGCGCCCCGAUCUCGCUCACACACUCGUUGCAUUUCCUUCUCGUCGCACUGCUGGACUGCAUUCACACACACGCUCGUUGCAUCAUCAUCGUACUCACUGGAUAUACCUCACUCGUUCAUGCUGUAAUCAUCAUCACGCUCGUUCCUCUCCUGCUUCUUCUCCGCCCGCCCGCCGCGCGCGCCGCACACUUGGAUACUUCCAUGCCCGCAUCGUCCUAGCCCCGCCCCGCUCGCCCCCGCUAGUCCUGGUCCCCCCGCGCACCCACCCCCAACUGACGCUUCUUACCUUCCUUCUCUGGUCCCCGGGCUCCCCGUCACCUUCGUCGCAUCCGCUUCCCGGUCCGUUGUACCUGCUGUCUUCUCCUUGCUCCUUGCACCCCUGCUGUCGCUGUCGCGCGUCCCCCAUCCCGCUUCAUCCUCCACUGCCACAUCGCC